CAUCUUGUUAUCUAUACACCUGUCUCACCAUCGGAGCAACCUCAGAAGAAGAGGGAAAAGAGAGGGGUACAUGUCGAGAUUAUUGACCUGAAGGCAGAUGCAGUUAAUGCACCAAUCCAGUUGAAGAUGUUGUACAUGUGGGGUGCAGAUGAGCUCAAAAAUGAUAAGAGUCUUGAGUUUUUUUAUUGAGCCUGAGGUGUUUGGAUACACUUGAAAAUCAUGGAUAUUUGAUUCUGAUUUGCACAGAAUGGCAAGCAUGACAGAGAUUACUGGGAACUGCAUAGUGGCAUAUCAAAGUCAGCAUUGGAUGCUUACUGUUGUGGAGCCGAAAAAAGAAGAGGUGUAUUACAUGGAUCCCCUGAGGAGGCGGUUACCUAUAGCCUCGACAGAAUGGAAGUCUGUUAUCAAUAGUGCAAUAGCCAAGUAUAAUACAGAAAAGAGCAGGCCAAGCCUAAAUGCAGUUGCUUGGAAGAACCUUGGGGGUGUUCCUCACCAACCCGACCACAUUCAAUGCGGCUUUUAUGUCAUGCGGUUCAUGCGAGAUAUCAUACAUGAUCAGGAUCAUUCUUUUGUGACAAAGUGGGACAAGAGAAACAAACUUGUCUACACCCAAGAUGAUUUAGAUGUGUUAAGGAAUGAGUGGGCAAAGUUCAUCAUCAGCAAAUACUUGUAG